AUGCAUCGGUGCACGCCGCUCGAGUUGCAACAGGUUGUUUGGCGAAGAGCCGCCGCGGCGCAUGCGCCCUGCCACACCGCCAGCGCCCCGCCACAGUGGCAGCGGGAAUCCACGGAGUGCGCCCACUGUGGAACGCCCGCUGCAAUAGCUCCACUGCCGCGUGGAAUUAGGCGCGACGCGAUUCUGCCUUUAACCGAGCCGGGGCCGAAUUGUGGCAUUUGCAACGCAGUACAGCACUACAUCGACCCGCUUAUGGGUGGCGUCGCGCUA